AGAGUACCUCUAAAGUCAGCAAAGAUUGUCGUGAAACUAGUGUAUUGAAACUGGCAUACUUUGGUUGACCACUGUCACAUGACGAUGUCCAGCAGUUAAAAAGAGCAUGCUGAGUUCUUCUCUGAAGUCUUCUGCUGGCUGCUCCUCUGAACUUUGAUUUUUUCCUUCAGAAGAUUAUCUGCAAACAUGGCUCUCGGUCGUGGUUACAGUUGGAGAUUCUUUGAACAAUUAAAACGACCUGUAGGCUUCUUUGUUCUGUUGGUUCUUACAGCUAUCUUGGAGCAUAUUUUUGACAUGCAUUUCGUGUGUUCAUGCCAGCCUGGUAUGCAUGUAAAUGAUGUGGUGUACAUAGUUCUUCCUCCUCUGAUUCUGACCUUUGUUGUCAUGAUUUUAAAGAUUUUUCCCAAGAAAACAUAUUUUUCAACUGUGAGCUGUUGCACUUCCAAGUGCUACGGUUGUUGUUUUUUCUUUUCUUGGAAGACGGUUUUUCAGUACAUCUGUCUAUUAGGUUUCUGGUCAGCCCUGGUUUUAUUUGAUGGAGACUUGUACUUUUGUCUGAAAACAAACUCCAACUUUAAUCAGACUGGAAUGCCUUGCAAAACAAGGUGGACAUACGAAGAGGAACGAAUCAGAGACUCCUACAAGACGGAAUCACUUGACAUUGGCCUUGUUGUUUGCUGCGGUGCGCUUUGGCUCUGGAUCUGUCUUGAGUGUUUAAAACCAAGAAUGAGAUCAUUCUGCAAUUCCAAAUGCAAAAAGUGCCAAUAUCAUUACUUUGAAGCAAAGUACAAAAGGUUUCUGGCAGAGGAAAUCAGCAUCUAUUUUGAAGAAAACUUAAAAAAAAUUGCAAAGAGCAAGGCAGAGAACAUGUGCAAGCCAAAGAUCGAAGUUCACGAGAAGGAUGAUUAUUCACCAUACAAUGUGAAGGAAGUUUCCAGGGCAUGGAGAAACAUUUCAGACUCAGAAUUCCUGAAUGAUAGAAAAAAUACAGAUGUAGAAAAGAGGGAAUCUGGGACUCACAGGAGGUACGAAAUCCUUCCGCUGAUCAGCAAACAGAUCAGGAUUGCUCUGGAGAUGCUGGAGGAAGUGGAGAAGGGAAGCCUGCACACGACCUGACAGUUAUGCAAGAGAAAACAGAUGGAUGAGAGAAAAAGAAAAGAAAAAUGAAAUCAGAUGUAUGACAAAUGAUUAGGAUGACUGCAAAUCUCAAUUAAAAGAAAAUUCUUCUUUACAUGAACAUAGAAAA